AGAUAAUGUCAUAAGAAGAAAUACACACUUAAAAGCAUUACAUUAUUCAAUACUUUGAAGUAACCACCAAAAGAGAGAUAACCCAAAAAGCAAUGAAAUAAUAAGAAUGCUUGUAAGCAACAAGACAUCCCUUUUGUAUUAAUUCAUUAUCAUCACCAUCGACCUUCAAAACACACACAAUUCCUUUGCUUUGAAAGGUCUCUGUGUUCGACAUGUCGUCAAAGUUUGGUCAUUGGAGAACCAUGCUUCUUCAACUCUUUCGUAAGACAGACAACUCUUCCUCGACAGACGUCGCUUUACAUCGUCCUCGUCGUCGGGUAUCCGAACCUCUGCAGGGCUCCUCCUCGGUCGCCAUGGUGGUUCCAUUUGGAUCCACAACGUAUCUGUCGUCCCUACUCAGAUCAUAUUAUGGUCGUCCCAGGAUGAGACCACAGAAACAGGAAAUUAAAGAUCAUCGGCCAUCAUCAUCAACUUUUUUCUUCUUCCCUGCUUGGGCAAAGUGGAUUUUUGGUACCCUAUUGUCCCUAUUGGUACCCAAUUGGAAUAAAUUGCAAAGGAUUGAAGAUGAAGCGGAAAUGGUUAUGGAAGAGGUGGAAAAUGUAGCAGAAGUAGUAGAAAAGGUAGCAGAAUUAACAGAGAAAGUAUCAACAGAAAUUAGUGAGAAACUUCCUGAGAAGAGUAAGCUCAAAGAGGCAGCUCAAGUUGUAGAAAAUUAUUCUAAGGAAAUUGCCCAUGAUGCUCACCUAACACAAGAUAUCCUCCAUAAGGUGGAAGAGUGGAAGCAAAAAAUAGAUAAGUCGAAGAUAGAUAUGAACGAAUCGAAUAAAGAAAGAAAUAAGGCAAAUUAGAGCAAACAAGUGACAAAGCAUUCAAUCGACGGAUCAAAAUAUAUAUAUAUAUAUAUCAUGUAACAUAAAUUAUAGCAUAGAUAAAUAAAUUUGAUUUAUUCAAUCAA